AUGAAGUUCCUCACCGCCAUCACUCUCUUCGCCACCGCAGCCAUUGCUGCCCCCAACCCCGAGCCCUGGUGCUGGCGCGUUGGCGAGUCCUGCUGGAAGGCCAAGCGUGCCAACGACGUCUUUAACAUUGCCGUCCGCGCGGUAGGCGGCCUCGAGUCGGGCGUUGAGGCCCGCAGCGAGCCAGUCGGCGGCAUUCCCAACGACGUCGCUUUCGAGGCCAUCAAGGGUAUUGAAAACCUUGCCAUUCUUGUCGCUCAAGCUUCCAAUGACCCCAAGGCCUUCUUCGGCAACCACACUGAGCCCGCCAAGCGCGAUCUCCAGGAAGAGGAAAAGCGCUGGUGCUGGCGCGUCGGCGAGUCUUGCUGGAAGGCCAAGCGAACGGACGAGAUCCAGGAGGAUAAGCGCUGGUGCUGGCGUGUUGGCGAGUCCUGCUGGAAGGCUAAGCGUGUCGCUGAGGCCCUCCUUGAUGCCACCAUCGAGGGUGACGAGAAGCGAAGCGUCGAAACCGAAGACUCUCCUGCCAAGCGCUGGUGCUGGCGAGUUGGCGAGUCUUGCUGGAAGGCCAAGCGCAACAUUGAGUUUAUUCAAGACCAGGCUCGCAGCCUCAUUGAGUCCCUGCAGUAA